AUGGAGCUCCCUUUCCGGAAAGAAUUGGAGAAGUACAAGGACCUGGAUGAGGACGAAAUCUUGGGGAAGUUGUCGGAGGAAGAGCUGAAGCAGCUAGAAUCUGUGCUGGACGACCUCGAUCCAGAGAAUGCGCUUCUGCCAGCAGGAUUCCGGCAAAAGGACCAGACCGUCAAAAAGGCCUCCGGUCCUUAUGACCGAGAGAAACUCCUUGCGUAUCUGGAGAAACAAGCCCUGGAGCUUGAAGACAGGGAAGACGUCGUCCCGUACACCGGAGAAAAGAAAGGGAAAAUAUUCAUCCCCAAGCAGAAGCCAGUACAGUCUUACGCAGAAGAAAAAGUGACUCUUGAUCCGGAACUGGAAGAAGCGUUGACAAGCGCUACGGACACCGAGCUGUGCGACCUCGCAGCUAUCCUAGGAAUGCACAACUUGAUAAGCAACGCUCAGUUGUGUGAUAUAAUGGGAGGUAGCAACGGUGUCGGCAACGAAGGUUUCACAAACGUUGUCAAAGGGGAAAAGAUCAUGCCCAUCUUCGAUGAGCCGCCCAAUCCUACGAACGUGGAGGAGAGUUUGCGACGGAUAAAAGAGAACAACCCUCGUCUCCUUGAGGUUAAUCUGAACAAUAUAAAGAAUAUCCCUAUUCCAACGCUGAAAGAGUUCGCCAAGGCCCUGGAAACAAAUACCCAUGUGAAAAGUUUUAGUCUUGCCGCUACAAGAAGCAACGACCCCGUUGCUGUGGCUUUUGCAGACAUGCUGAGAGUGAACAAAUCCCUGAAGAGCCUCAACGUGGAAUCCAACUUCAUCACUGGAGCAGGCAUGCUGGCACUGAUCGAUGCCCUAAAAGAGAACGAAACCCUGAUGGAAAUCAAAGUCGAUAACCAGAGGCAGCAGUUCGGAACACCCGUGGAAAUGGAAAUUGCAAAGAUGCUUGAAGAAAACACAAAUAUUCUUAAGUUCGGAUACCACUUCACGCAACAAGGACCACGAACUAGGGCAGCAGCUGCAAUUACGAAAAAUAACGAUUUAGUUCGCAAGAGAAGAGUGGAAGGAGAUCACCAGUAAAUCUUCUUGGUGCCCGACGUGCGCAGUUUGGAGAAUUCAAACCUUCUCGAGGCAUAUCUGC